CGACGACCUAGUUUCUUCUUUCUUCAGGAUCACGCUUGAAGACCGCUCCUAUCUAGUUUCAUGAGGCCAUGCGAACGCGACAUCUACAACAACAUAAAUAACAACAACGAUAACACCCACCGCAAAACUAACGACACCCCGCCGCAAUCAUGCUCUUCUUCAGCUUCUUCAAAACCCUCACCAACCAAACCGUAACCAUCGAGCUCAAAAACGACAUCCGCAUCCGCGGCACCCUCAAGUCCGUCGACCAGUACCUGAACAUCAAGCUCGACGACGUCGACGUGCUCGACCUCGACAAGUACCCGCACCUGUCGUCCGUCAAGAACAUGUUUAUCCGGGGCAGUGUGGUGCGCUAUGUUGUGCUGCCGCGGUCGGAGGUUGAUGUGGGGUUGUUGGAGGAUGCUACGCGGAGAGAAGCUGCGAAUCAAGCUGGGAAGGCGAGAUGAGUGGUUAUUUUCGGGAUUUUCCGUCCUUUUUUUCUUCUUCUUCUUAUCUCUCGCUUUCGACUAAACAGACCACGGCGCUAUUCCGAUACACGCCGCACUGCAGGGGUAUCACCAGUUUGGUCUAGAGGAGGGCGCGGGGUAUCAUGUGUGGAACGUAGGAUACUAUCAACGAGGAUACCAGAUAUCAACGAGGCCGGGGCGAUUACGACUGACGAAUUCAAAACAGUCGGGACCACCACAGGGUCGAGGAUGGGGCGUUUUUGUUUUUGGGCGUGCUGCUAUCAGUGUCUAUGUCUAUGUCUAAUUGUCUUAUCAUGAACCAUCCAUCGUCUGCCGCUUGGCUAAUACCAUCUAUGUGUCGUUCUGGUGGACGACUGUUUUGAUAUAGACGGC